AUGAUAUUGGAAUUGUUCGGAACUGACACGCCGUUUGCUAGUCUGGCAAAGGACUGUGAUGAGCCGGACCCGGCAGUUAUCGAAUAUUUCAAACUGGAAGCGGAGAAAUUAAAGCAACAAAAUAAGAAAUGUUCAAAAAAGCAGAAAAAGAAGCUGAACAAAGAAGCAAAUGUCUCCGAAGUGAACGAAUUUGGUGAGUUUGCUUGUGCGAACGAUUCCAAAAAAACUUCAAGUGUUGCGGUAACGCAAAAUUCUUCAACUGCCAGCUCAGCACUUGGCGAACAGGUUGAAACCAGUCGCGCUGUGCAAGAGAACUCUGAGGAAACAGUGCAGCAUUUUUCGAAAUGCGACGAAUCUGAGACUCCGGACGAAGGAUCAGGCGAAAACUUGCGCGAAAUGAGUGACGUUGCA